AUGAUCUCUUUUAACAAGCACUACAUCAACCUAGCAUAAAGCAACUUUGACAUUUAAUAAAAAUAUCUUCAAAAUGUUCCAGACGAUGAAGCACCAUAAUAAUGCAUAUAAUAGUAUGAUUUAAAGAACCCAGUUGAUGUUAAGUAUGGAUACAAGGACAAUUAGUCUCUGCUUUUUGAAAUUCAUAAAAAUCUUCCUCACUAACCUGAUUUUAAAAUUGGUGUUGAUUUAAUAUACUUAAUUGACAUUAAUUAGACAUUAAAUGAUGAAGCAUUAGAAAAAAUGAAAUCGGCCUUGAAAUGUUUAAUUAAUUAUUUAACAGAACAGGAUAGGUUGUGUAUAAUUAUUUAUAACAAUAAAGCUGAUAAGCUUUUCCCAUUAAUUCCACUCAAUGAAAAAAACAGAUAAAUUAUUCUUUAAAAGAUAGACCAGAUCACUCUGUAGAAAGGGAAUUCAAAUAUUUUAAAUGCCCUAUUGGUUGCAAACUUGUGUUUGAAACUAAGAUAAUAUAAAAACUAAAUAACUUCUAUUAAUGUAAUUAGUUAAGAUGUUGAAAUAUAAUAAAACAACCAUGAUUUUAAACAGAUCUUUGAAAAAGAGUUAGUAUUCAAAUUGAAAACCUUUCUGUUGCUCUCUAAUAAAUAAUAAGAAUCCCCUAAGAUUAAAAAAAAGCCUGGAAAUACAAAAGAUGGAAAUUUAUAAAUUGUCAAAAGUGUAGAUCAAUUAUCUUCAUUGUUAUGUUACUAAGCGACCAAGCUCUAAUAGUCUGUUAUAAAAAACUUAUUAAUAAUAGUUAAAACACACAAGCAAUGCCCUAUUUAAUUAUCGGAAUAGGAAGGAGGAAAAUUUCAAUACGUUAACCCAUAUGAAAUUAGGAUUUCUAAAAAUUUGAUUUCAUUUGGGUACAAUAAGGUUCAUUUGAUAAGUCUAAAAAACAGUCCAAUAAUUGAAGCUGAUUAAAUUUGUGAGAUUGAAGUAUCCUUCGAGUAGACAACUUCGAAUCAUCGACAGAAAUACUUAAUCCCAAUUAAUACAUAGAAGUCUAAUGGUAUUAUAGAUAGAUCUGUUAUGGUUGACAAAUAUCGCUUGAAAUCAAGAAGUUAGAUGAAUGAAGCAAUAAUAUACUAUGAUCCACAUCGAAUUUAAGAUAGUACUGAAAUUCUUAAAAACUAUUUGUCAGAACUAGCAAAUUUGCCUGAUGACAUAAAAUAAUAAUUAACUGUUGAAACGAAAUAAUUUGAUGAUGCGCUAUAAAAGUACCUCUAAAAUCCUUUUUAAUAAAUUUAGAAUCCAUUUAUAGCAAUUGAUGAUCUUAAAAAGUAGCAAAGAUUGAAACCUUUUGAUAAUCAUUGA